CCCGAGUCGUCUGCAGGACCCGCGUGAGGACUGCUUCAGAUCCACGUCUUUCUGUUUUUUCAUUCCUCUCGGCCUUAAUUCAGCAUCACUAUGGGUAAUAUUCAUGCAGCCGGCCCUGCAACACCUCCUCCACCCCCUGCGCCCACGCCGCCCACCGUCACGCCCGUAGAUGACUCUAAAAAGGGCGAGGAAAAAGAGGGGGGAAUCGAGAAUCCAGGGACGAUGGAAGACAUUCACAAACAGUGUAAAGAUGUUUUCCCUGUGAUGUUUGAGGGAGGAAAGUUCAUGUUGAACAAAGGUCUGAGCAACCACUUUCAGGUAUCACACACAGUCAACUUCUCCACUAUGCAACCACCUGGCUACAGGUUUGGUGCAACUUUUGUAGGGACACAGCAAGUAUCACCUUCUGAAGCAUACCCUGUUAUGCUAGGUGAUGUAGACCCUUCAGGCAACCUCAAUGCAAACAUCAUUCACCAACUCUCACCAAAUCUCAGAGCAAAGUUUGUUGCACAGAUCCAACAGAGUAAGUGGCAGGCUACACAGCUAACCACAGACUGGCGUGGUUCUGACUUCACUGCAUCAGUUACUCUAGGUAAUAUAGAUGUAAUCAAUGGUUCAGGAGUGGCAGUGAUGCAUUAUCUUCAGCAAGUGACCAAGAAACUGGCUCUCGGCACAGAAUUAGCAUACCAGUAUGGUUCUCAAGUUCCCGGUGGGCACAUUGCUGUUUACUCAAUGGCUGGGAGAUAUUCAGGAGAUAAUUUCAUAGCUUCUGGCACACUAGGAGGUGCAGGUAUCCACCUCUGUUAUUAUCAGAAGGCAACAGAGCAGCUGCAGUUUGGUGUAGAAUUGGAGACAAGCUUACGAAUGCAGGAGUCUGUUGCCUCUAUGGCAUAUCAGUUAGAGAUUCCCAAAGCUAAUACAGUUUUUAGAGGGACACUGGACUCUAACUGGACUGUGGGAGCAGUGAUGGAAAAGAAGCUGUUACCACUACCCUUUACACUGGCUUUGUCUGCCAUGCUCAACCAUCCCAAGAAUCAGUUCAAAUUAGGCUGUGGAUUUAUAAUUGGAUAAUGAGUGAAUGUUGGUGUACAGUAAUUUGAUUGCCAAAUGGGAUUUGACCGAUACCCUAUUCCCUGCACUGGCAGUCUCUGGUGUGACUAGUGUCAAAGGUGUGUGUAGGAUAAAAAAACAUUGUAUAGGGGUAAUGGAUUGUAAAUAGAUCAGGGGAAAAUCAGAAAAUUACAGUAAGUUGUUGCCAGUGUAUUCCCACUUGUACUAGGUAUUCUUUGUUACAGUGGGAAGAAGAGACUGGUAGUGUGUGUGGGCCAGUGAUACAAACCUGUGUUUCUGCCUCCCUUUUAUUCUUGUGGACUAUGGAGGUUUAGAAGAAUGGUGUGUCUGCUACCUUUGUUAUCAUUCCUUUCAAGAUGAAACUUUUAUUUUGCCCUUCCCUUUGCUAGUUUGGUGCUUUUAUUAAUGCUACAGUCUGAAACAGUAAAGCAGAAAAUAGAAAAAAAGAAAUAGAAGGGACUUAUCAGGACAAACGUUUUUUCCACUAAAAAUGCAGCUUUAAAUUUGAAUUGUUAAGUUUUCCCAGCACAUCAACAUUUGAUAAGGAUCAUAAGUGGUGAAUGUAAUAAGUUUUUAUUCCCCUUUCUUUAUAAAAAGUACCUAUUGCAUUGCAGGCAAUUAAACAAGCAAAACUAUAUGCACAUAUAUGCAAAAAUAUAUGCACAUGUUUUAGCAUGAAAGGAAGCCUGCUAAUACACAGUAAUUCAGUGCUUAUGCCUACAAGGAUUUUCAUAGAUAGUUUCCACUAACCUUUCAACAAAACCUUAAAAUAGUAUAUGAAAUACUAUAUUCUUUACAUUUGGAUAGAAACAAAGAUUACCCUCCCCCAUCCCCUUGACACAAGCAUUGAUAAAAUUAGGAGAUAUAUUUUGUACAUGUAUAAUAAUAUAACCAGCUGAUUUGCCAUUUUAUGCUAUCCUGUCAUGAAUUGCAGGGGAGUAAAAUAAUUGUUGUCUCAUAUCAUUAUGAUCAGAAUAUCUAUUCCCUGAUCAUGGACUUAAAUAGAAUGGCAGCAGUUUAUGUAAUGUACAGUAUAGAUAACCAGAUAAGAGAACAUUAAGCUUUACAUUAUGUCAGCAGAUUGUGUUGUCAUAACAAAGCUUGGUCCCAUUGUUUUUAGGUGAGGCAUUGAGUGCAGACUGCUUUGGGCAUGGCAUCUUUACUGGAGUCUUUUGUGUAAUUGCUUCAUGGACAAGUUAGUGCCAUUAUAUGGUGCUGGCAUAUUUAGGAAGUUUUACAUUUACAUCUUCAAGGGAAAUUAAUAAAUAAAUAUAAUAUAGAUAUACAGGUAGUGUGUGUGCAUGUUGAGUCUUUGUAAAGUAACCAGUACACUGAAGUGAUAUAGUUCAUGUAUGUAAUAGGAUGCACCAUUCUGUUAUUAUUUACAAAUGUGAUUUUGUUGUCAUCUGGAUAGGGUAGGAGGACUCCACACUGUAAUACAAGUUGAGAUGUCAACAGAGCACAGCUCAUGUGGCGUGAGCACAUGUACUAGUCUCCAAGGGAUAGCAGGGAGAAGGGAUGAAGAAGCAGGACCACAUCUAUCUAUUCAUAAUGAUGCUUCUUGACACAGAAAAUAAAAAAGAUAACUUUGUAGAUAAUCAGUCAGUAUAAGCAUCACUUGUUGGAAUUGUUUUGAUAAUUGUUAACAAUAUGUACAAAACAGACAGACAUUUCUUUUA